AUGGCCCACGGAGGAGGCAUCUCCUCAUCGGCUGUACUGGAGGAGAAGCCAGCGGCCUGUGUGGCCAGCAGCACGGCCUUGGCCAUAAGGAAUUCCACGAUAAUCGCCCAUCGGCUGUCCAUUUAUCUGCCCCAAUUGCUGCUACCCUCGAGGGAUCCACAGAAGCUCAUUACAGAAAUUAACUGUCAUGUGGCCCAAUUCCGGGAGCUACUCAUCUUUAUAGGACAGUCCCGGGAUUCCCCUGAAUUAAGGGAGAAGAUCAGAAAGCUGAGGCGAAACUGUGUGGAUGCCUGCAAGCACACCGCUCAUCUAAUCACUCCCCAGCCACGUCAUUGUGUGGGCAGUCCCAGCGAAAGGAUGCACUUGACCCUGCUUUUUCAUCUCACCCAGCAAUUUCAACAUGAGUUGAUCAAAAGUCAUCGUUUGAUCCAACUAGUGCCCCUGGACAUGACGGAUUAUUAUGCUCCCUCACGCACUGCUCCAUCCAACUUAGGCAACGUUAUUAGCCAAUUCCUGUUGUGCAAACAAAUAAAUCCAGACUUCCAGCAGGAGGAGCUGUGCAGCAUUGUCAAGGAUUCCCAGGAGCUGGCCGAACUCUUGGAGGAGCUGCAGGCUCACAUGCCCUUGGCAGAGGCUUCGCCAGAAUCUGAACUGGAUCCAGCUCAGAAAUCUGAAAGUAGUCUCGUUUCACUCAACACUCCAGUUUGGUACGCCCGGCAACGUAGACGGAGUUGCAAAAGCCGGAGCCGUAGUCUAUGUUGCUGUUUAGCCAAAAAUCAGGCUAAAUCUUAUCUUUAA